UCGUUCUUCUGAUAGCCUCUACUUCGCAAUCGGAUCGCCCCGUUUCGGCUUUUUUUCUCCCUAUCGGCUCUUUGAUCAGUUGUCACCUGUGCCCAGAGAAAAAUAUGUCAGAUACAAACACGGAGGAGGUGAAGGAGCCAGAGCUUGCUGAUAGUGCUCCUAAGGAUCAAGGUGCUGGUGACAAUGCCGAUAGUGCUCCUAAGGAUCAAGGUGCUGGUGACAAUGCCGAGGAAGACCUAAAAGCUUCAAAUGAAAAUCAUGAGAAUCCCAUGCCUUCACCCCAGCAGGAGGAGGCAACAAUUAAGAAAAAGUAUGGAGGCAUAUUACCAAGGAAGCCUCCACUGAUAUCCAAGGACCAUGAGCGUGCUUAUUUUGAUUCUGCUGAUUGGGCAUUGGGAAAGCAAGGAGCAAAGCCAAAAGGACCACUUGAAGCACUCCGCCCAAAGCUGCAGCCCACACCACAACAGCAAGCGCGUUCAAGGCGCUCAUCUUAUUCCCGUGCAGGCGACGGCGACGAUGGCGGCAAUGACAACACUUCUUUGGAGGACCAAGUAGACGGUGGCAGCAGUAACACAGCAGAUGAGGAUCAGAGCCGCCACCACGAGUAGCUACCGCCUGCUGCACAUUCUGAACGUUGAAGCUGAGGGUCAGAUCUCACCUUGUUUAAGGUGCCAGAGCAAAUAAAGAUAAAACUUGCCAAAUUUUUGUACUGGUUGUAACAUUUAACAUGAAUCAUGUACACACUGGAUGAAGAUAUGACAUUUCAUUUACUUAAAUUUCUGA